AUGGCGGCGAGGAUACGCCGUGCUACUCGUCUGAGAUCCCGGCCCCUACUGUUGUCCCGCCUCGCCAUCGCGCGGCCCGUGGGCGCGGAGUGGGCGCUGCUCGACGCCGACGCGCUCGGGCGGUGCUGGGUGGACGCCGUGCGCGCGUUGUCCUCCGGCGCGGACAGCAGCCGGAGCGGCGGAGGCGGCAACAGCAACCACCAGCACCACAGGCCGCCGCUGCGCCUUGAGCUGGCAAUGGCGCACGCGCGGGAUGGCGGGGGCCACGACCACGAGCACGAGGAGGAAGCUGAGGCGGCCGUCUCUACCUGGACGUCGACUCCGAGGCGGGGGCAGGGGCAGGGACAGGGAGGAAGGAGGCGGCAGAUCCCGGCGUUCGGGAGGUGGAACCAGCACAGCGACGACGAGGUGCCCAUCACACAGUACUUCGAGUCCGCGGUGCAGGCCGGCCUCCUCGUCAGGCCCGGUGGCCACUGCUACCACGACGCCACCGCCGCCGCCGCCGCCGAGCUGGUGCUGUUCAGGUCCUCCGCCUCGCCGCCUCCGCACAAGCCGGCCAAGAAGGUGCGGAGCACGAUGGAGGGUCACGGUCACCACAAUGAGGUUCACGUUCAGGCGGGGAGCAGGAGGCAGCAGCAGCUGCGGCAGGAGGCGUUGCCGCCGUUCGUGGCUGGCGACGGCUCCCGCCCGGCAAGGCCGAGGGUCGUUAGGGCGGCCGUGGACGAGGACCUGUACAAGGUCCCUUCCGAUAUGCCGCGCAAGAAGAAAGGGAGGAAGCAUGUGAGGAGCAUGUGGAUGGGCUGCGUGGGCCUCAACUGCGUCGCCUGA